GCGGAGUUCAAGCGAACGGCGGCAUUGGUCGGUCAUCCUGCCCCAGCAGACGACGACGCCAAAGCUGCCCCCAAUUUCGACUUCGAUGUCAAGGCCUCGGACGUCAGUGAUGGCGAUUUGCAGUCUUUCCUCGGGUCCGAGCUGUGGACUAAGCUGCAGUCGGUGCUCAAGAGCAAGUUCGCUGCUGCUUCCCCUCCAGCUCCUGCUCGCGAUGAUGGUGAGUCUAGUGCUGGGGGUGGGGAUGAGUCUGGUCCCAGUGAAGCUCCCAAGCGCACCUUCGAGGACCUGUCCGACGAAGAUAAGCAGUAUAUCUUCGACUCCGACACUUUCGAGGAUUUCAGCACCAAGCUGGGAGAGUUUACCAAGCGACAACGACGAGGAUAG